AUAAGGUCAUUAAAAGGUCAAAAAGGGCUGCUAGGAGUCCUGAUAGAUACACUCCUAACCCCACAACAGAAAUGAAGAAAAGGAAAAUGGAAAAGGCAUUAAAAAAAUUGAAUGAAACACAAGUUUCUGAGAAGAGUACAUUUGAAGGACCAUUCAGUGAGGACCCAAAGCAAAUGCCACCUACAGAGGACUUGGAUAAGGUAAAAGAAUUUGUGAAGGAGGGCCUGGUAAAAAACCAUUCAAGUAAUGUCCCCAAAAAGUACAAAAAAAAACAUGAAGAACUAGUUGAAUGCAAGUUUGGUAUAGAAUUAGAUCAUUUCAUCAUACCAACAAAGACAUGGAUUUAUGACCUCUUCACAAAUGAACGUUGGUUGUCUGACAUGGUAAGUUUAUAUCAACAUAUGUCACAUGUAAAUUAUAAUAAUAUGAUGCAUAAAAAUAAUUUAUUAAUUGAUUUUGUUACUUUUUUCAGCAUAUUGCAGUGGCAUUUUAUUACCUAGGAGUGAAAAGAAAACAGUACCAAAUCAAGCAAAAAUAUGCCACAACAGACCCAUUAUUUAUUGGGGUGAUGAAGUUGAAGUGUGAAAUGGUCACUAAUGACAAAACAACAAUGACUGAGGCAGCUUCUAAUGGAAACAUAAUGAACACAAUGCUUGGGUCAAAUGGGUUGCCAUGGGCAGAAGCUGACUUUGUAUACAUGCCACUGAACAUAGGGAUGCACUGGAUACUCUUGGUGUUGGACAUUAAUGGAAAACGUAUCAGAGUCUAUGACUCCCUAAAGAGAAGAGGAGAUUCCUUGGCAACGAUUAGGGCAUUCCUUCCUUGCUUGGAGACCUUCUUACCAAGAGUAAUGGAGAGGUUGGGAGUUUAUGACAAAAGACCGAAUGCACAAAUUGGAAAGGGCAAAAUUCGUGUAGAUAUAGUCCGUAAUUGUCCACAACAAGAUGAUGGGGGCAACUGUGGUGUCUUUAUUAUCAAAUUUGCUGAGUUUCUCAUGAUGGACAAAGAUGUGAGUGAAGUUUCGAAGCAAGACAUAGAGAUGUACCGACAAAAGAUGACGACAGAGCUACUGAUGUAUGCAUCAUGAAGGCAGUAGUUGGACUUGAUGAUUUGUAAUAAAUAUUUUGUUGGGAACAAAU